AUGACUUUCCCCUGUCGACACCAGUGCUGCACACACCUGGUGAACGGCCAGCGCCACAGGUACAAGACAGCACCAGCACGGGAUGAGCACGAGCGCACCACCUACCACCACGCCUGCAAGGAAAGUGAGUGUGUGGUGUGCUUGUUGUGGGCAGAUCAGCUCAUCACACCAAGGAGGAAAGGAAUGGGGAAUAUACCAUGUCGCCACUCCAACUGCCACGACAGUUCGCAAGCAAAC